GUUCGAGCGGUUCUAAGAAAAUCCUUUAAGCGUAGGGGCAGAGUGACUGCUAAAAGAAAAAUAGUGAGUGCUAAUCACCGUCACCCCAAAAGGAAUCAUGGAUAGCGACGCAUUUCGUAAACGUGGCAAUGAGAUGGUGGAAUACAUUUGCAACUACAUGGAAACGCUGAAUGAUCGACGCGUAACACCCAGUGUCGAGCCUGGCUAUCUGCGGCAUUUAAUACCCUCUGAAGCGCCAUACGAACCCGAGGAGUGGGAUAAGAUCAUGCAAGAUGUGGAAGAUAAAAUAAUGCCAGGUGUCACGCAUUGGCAGCAUCCACGGUUCCAUGCCUACUUUCCGGCAGGCAAUUCAUACGAAUCGAUACUGGGCGAUAUGCUGGGAGAUGGCAUCGGCUGCAUUGGCUUUUCGUGGGCAGCGAGUCCGGCAUGCACGGAGCUGGAAACUAUAGUGCUGGAUUGGUUGGGCAAAGCCAUCGGACUGCCAGACAACUUUUUGGCAUUGAAGGAGGGCAGCACGGGUGGCGGAGUUAUCCAGACUUCCGCCUCCGAAUGUGUAUUGGUCAGCAUGCUGGCGGCACGCGCUCAAGCGCUAAAGCGUCUCAUGGCUCAACAUCCGUUCACCGAGGAGAGUCACCUCCUAUGCAAAUUGAUUGCCUACUGUUCGAAGGAGGCGCACAGUUGUGUUGAGAAGGCUGCGAUGAUAUGCUUCGUGAAAUUGCGCAUUUUGGAGCCAGACGAAAAUGCCAGCCUACGCGGACGCACCCUGAGUGAGGCCAUGGAAGAGGAUGAAAUGCACGGCUUAGUGCCAUUCUUCGUUUCUACGACACUCGGCACUACCGGCUCGUGCGCCUUCGACAACUUGGAGGAAAUCGGUCAGGAGUUGCAAAAGUUUCCGUGUGUUUGGCUGCAUGUGGAUGCUGCCUAUGCCGGCAACUCUUUCAUCUGCCCUGAAUUGAAGCCGCUGCUAAAGGGCAUUGAAUACGCUGAUUCAUUCAACACGAAUCCCAAUAAGUGGCUAUUAACAAAUUUCGACUGCUCAACAUUUUGGGUACGCGAUCGAAUCCGCUUGACAUCAGCACUGGUCGUGGAUCCGUUGUAUCUCAAGCAUUGCUACGAUGAUGCAGCAAUUGACUACCGCCACUGGGGAGUUCCGCUCAGUCGACGUUUCCGCGCAUUGAAAUUGUGGUUUGUUUUGCGUUCAUAUGGAAUUUCCGGACUACAGAAUUACAUACGACGUCACAUCGAAUUGGCCAAACGUUUCGAACAGCUUGUGUUGAAAGACAAACGCUUCGAGAUUUGUAAUCAAGUCAAGCUCGGUUUGGUUUGCUUCCGCUUGAAAGGCAGUGACAAGCUGAACGAGAAAUUGCUUAGUGCCAUCAACGAAUCGGGCAAAUUGCAUAUGGUGCCGGCCAGUGUGAAUGACAAAUACAUCAUCCGUUUCUGUGCAGUGGCUCAAAAUGCCAGCGCAGAUGAUAUCGAUUACGCUUGGGAGAUCAUUGUCGACUUCGCCAAUGAACUGCUUGAGAAGGAGCAACACGACGAACUAACAGAGAUCAUCAAUAGAAAGAAGGAGGACACAUUGGCCAAGAAACGUUCGUUUUUCGUGCGCAUGGUCAGUGAUCCGAAGAUCUACAAUCCGGCUAUAAACAAGGCUGGCACACCCAAUAUGUCGUUAGAUGUCACCUCGCCGGUGGUGGGACACACUUCCAAUCCUAUUAUCAGAACACAAACAUCGAUGGAUCGCAACUCGUGGAUUUCAUGGCCGCUAGCUUUUCUAUUCAACAGCAACAGUGAUGAUGGCGGGCAAAAGAGUAAUGUUUCAUUGCGUUUUCGCCAUUUAGACACAAACGUGCGCCCGACUUCGUCAAGACGCAACUCAGGCGCUACAUCUUCACCAUCCCCUGAGAAUGAGCUGGGCUUUGUUAAUCUGAAGAAGUCGCCACUUAAGGCAGCAACACCAGCGUCACGCAAGGGAGGACUCUCGCCAAACCCAACCGGUAACCAUACCUAAAAAGCCGGUGAUGCGAAGUUGAAGUUCUUGCAUGAUUGCAAAAAUAAAUAAAAUUCAGCAAUACAAUUUAUGUUCUACUAGCAAAAUUCCUUAUUCUAUUAAAUGUUAAAAACUAUAAUUCUAAAAUAUUGAAAGAAAAAAAAAAACUUAAU